AUGGCUGCUGCUGCUCUGUGCUGUCCCCAAAGUGUCCCCCCUGUCCCCUUCCUCCCUCAGGGGAUCUUUCUCCGGCUCUUCUACCCCUGCCUGCACCGGGCAGGGGCCGAGCAGCCGCUCUGGAUCCCGCGCUACGAGUACUGUGCCGGGCUGGCCGACUUCGCCCUCCGCAGCCGCCGCUGGUGCGCGCCCCUGCUCAGCGUCGCCAUCGGCUCCUGCAGAGUGCCGGUGAGCUGGAAGGGGCCGUUCAAGCCCUGCAGCAGCGGGUACCCACUGAUCAUCUUCUCCCACGGCCUGGGAGCCUUUCGGACCCUGUACUCCUCGGUCUGCUCGGAGCUGGCGUCCUGGGGCUUCGUGGUGGCAGCACUGGAGCACAGGGACCAUUCUGCCUCCGUGACAUAUUUCUGCCCGGCAGAGGCUGGGAGAGAGGAGUGGAUCCCCUACCAACGGGUGCCCCAAGGGCAGAAGGAGUUUUAUUUCCGAAACAAACAGGUUCAUCAGAGAGCGGAGGAAUGUGUUCGAGCGCUUCAGCUCUUCAAGGACAUCAGCAGCGGUAAAUCUGUCCCGAACGUCCUUCACCAGGACUUUGAUCUCUCCGUGCUGAAGGACAGCAUCGACCUGACCAAAGUCGCCGUCAUGGGCCAUUCCUUCGGCGGGGUGACAGCAGUGCUGGCCUUGGUGAAAGAGCCCGGUUUCAGCUGUGCGGUGGCUCUCGACGCCUGGAUGUUCCCCCUGGAGAACUCAUUGUACCCAGAGGUGCCCAAGCCCGUGCUCUUCAUCAACACCGAGAAGUUCCAGACUCCAGAAAGUGUUGCCAAAAUGAAGAGGUUGAGCUCCAGAAACAGCCAGACGAAGAUUAUAACCAUCCUGGGAUCUGUGCACCAGAGCCAGACUGACUUCACCUUUCUCACCGGGAAGCUCAUCAACCGCAUCUUCAGCGCGAGGGGCACCCUCGACCCCUACAAGGGUCUGGACAUCACCAGCCGGGCGGCUCUGGCCUUCCUGCAAAGGCAUCUCCACCUGCAAGAGGAUUUUGAUCAGUGGGACCAGCUCCUCGAAGGCAUCGGAGAGUCUGUUGUUCCAGAAGCACCGUUCUGCCGUUCCAACCUGUAGCCUGCUCCGGGGUCGCUGGUGGGAGCCGGGUACCAGGAAAUCGGCUGCUUCUUGUCCAGAAUGAGCCGUGCAGGAGCCAACAAGGGCGGGAGGAUCCGUGGGCAGAGCAGAACCUGGGGACUGUGCUCGUAGGACGUCUGGUGGCCGGGGUGCUGGGGGAGCGUGCCAGGAGAGCCCCUCCCUGCCACGAGGGCUGCAGAGCCAAGGGAAUAAAAUCCCCGGGGACAAAGAUGGAGUUGGCUGUCACUUGAGCCCGAGGUGACACCCUGCUU